AUGAAGUAUACAUACACUUCCGAGCACCGCAAGGCCAUGGCGAGCAAGGCAGCCAAGUCUCGCAUCAUGAGAAAGCCUCAAGGCGUUGUCGCGCCUGCUUGCGAGCUCGAGGAGUACGAGACGAGCUCGAGUCAACAGAGGGUGACAUCUGGCUCAUCACGAGCUAGCUGCUCCUCGCCCAGCCAUCCUACUAUCGUCAGAUCAGACGAGUCCCAAUCGCGUUCGCACGAGUCUGUUCCUUCGACAACGCUCGUCGGGACAGCCAUCGCGCCUGCACACACUGGCUCCUCUAAUUCGCUGCUCGCCGCACCUCGCAUGGUACGCGAGCGACAGGCGACAGAAGCGGGCUCGAUCAGCUCAGUAGAAGCAUCGAGUCACGUCAACAUUGUCCGAGCAGACCUCAACCCUGCUCACAUGCUCGCAUCGCGAACGCGAUCAGGCAAGGCUCGCGCACAUGCUGGGUCACCUCUAGAACCCCGCGAGGCAGCAGAAAAGGCGUUCAGCUCGUCUAACUCGCCGGCUCAGAGCAUUUGCACAGACGGCAAAGGCAAGAAGCGCGCACUGACUCCUCAGGAGAGCAUCGAGCUGGACGCGCCAGAACGGCAGCCGCGCGAAACGUUUGCAACUCUCAAUGCUCAAGUCAGCUCGCACAUCGCCGCCACCGCCUCGCUUGGAUCUGAGGAAGCUGUCCGCACAAGUCUACUCGCACCUGCCACGCCAGAGCGGGAUCCGACAAGCACGGAGACUCCUGAGCAGUCCGUCGAGAACACGGAUUUGCCGGUGACAAUGUCGAAUCAAUUUGUGCCGGAGACGGUCGAGGAGGAAUUGCAAGAACAAGUAGAGCAUACUGACACGCAGGAUAGCCUUGUGACGCCUUCGCCUACUCGCAAGUCGAUCGAUGAAGAUCUUGAGCUAGCUAUCAUCAACUGGCCGGCCACACCGACCGAAACUGUGCCGGCAAAGUCAGAGAACCAUCUGGGCAAGCGUGCAGCACAAUCUCUGCCGACGAUUGCAGAGCCUGCUAAGCGACCUCGUCCUCUGAGCAAUGUCGAAGAUCGCGCUGCGCCUGGGGCACGCUUAUCAGCCAAGCGCAAAGCAAACACACAGGCUCGGCAGAAGAUCACCGUGCAUGUCGACCAAGACGUCGCAGUCCACAAGAGCCAGGCUCUACAAACUGCGCAAACGCUGCAAGCAGAACAAGAUGACGACUGCGCCCAGCCGAAGUUAUGUUUGAACACGUCACAGGAAUCCAGCGCAAGCCAAACUCGCAAGGCUCUGUCCACGAUCGGUACAAGCAAGUCGCCAGUCGAUGGCAGCGAGAAAGCAAACACGCCCUUUGCUCAUUGGCCAGGCCAGGCCGACGCUACUGCCAGUCUACCUCGUACGCCCCCACCCCAAGCGCUCAAAGUGACGCCGCAACGUCCUGCGCCAAACAGUCGCACGAACACGUCUAAACCAGGCGACAAGGCUAUCCGCGAUUCAUUCAAGGCAGAGUCUGCCGAAUGGAAGCGCAAGUAUCGACGCGCCUUCAAGGGCUACGUCUUCUACUUUGAAGCCGUCGACCCAAUUCAGCAGGUAGAUCUCGAGGAUCAGAUCCUCGAGCUGGAUGCUCAUCUCGAUCGCUUCUUCAGCAAGAGAGUGACACAUGUCGUCACCAACCGAGCGAUUCCGCUUCUGCCAACAUUGACAAAGACGCAGCCUUGGCGUGGCAUGUCGCAAGAACCAGUGACAGCACCCAAAGCGAACCAGAAAACGGUCGGCAAUUUGCGCAGUCCUCUAAAGCUCCUCAAGAACAGCGAGACUGCGUCUUACGAUAGCAGGGACGUUCUUGUCAAGGCGCAAGAAUUCGGUCUGAAGAUCUGGUCGCUGGAAAAACUUAGCAAGAUGCUGUUCCAGCUCUCUCAUACGGAUUCACCGAAGAAGCGCAACACGGACGCGGCUCUGUCAAAGCAGUCUUUGCCUUCCUUGCUGCGAUCCGAGGCAAUCACAGGUCGCACUCGCGAGACGGCUGCAGAUGCACUGCGCCCGGAUUAUCGCUACUUCAACCCGCGGACAGCUUUUGUGCUCAUCGAAGACAUGGCCGGAGAGCACAGGCCAAUCGCUGUCAAGGAAUAUGCGACGCCUUUACCGCCCAUGAGUAUCUUCAGCAAGUCGAGCAAGCAGACGCCUGACUGGCCAGUGCUUUACGGUGGCGCAGAGGGUCGAGGCGCAUUCACGCGCAACGAUCAAGCAGCGCCUCUCAUCAAGCCGAAGGCGCAGUGUGUCAAAGCGCACGUCGAUGUGGCUGCUCGCGCUGUUGCAGCAGCCGGCACACAAUCGAUCAAUCUGCGUAAGAGCGUGUCAAUGACAGCGCUCAGCAAACGACAUGGCAAGAUGCCCCUUGGUGACAUUACCAACAAAUGCAACGAGCCAUGCGAGAACAAUGCAGUCUUUCAGCAAGCCUCGGGCAACUCUGUGUCAAUCACAUCGAACAUCGCUUCGACUACGUCAAAUGUACGCUCUGGUCCGCAUCUAGCUCAUGGCCAGGCGGGAUACGACAAGAGCAUCGCGAUGCUUGACAAAAAGCAGUACGUCUCUGGAGCAAGGCAACCUCGGCUCAGUGUACCUACCGCCGAAGCAUCACAGGGCGGUUUCAAGGUGCCGACGUUGCCUGCAGGACCUUCUGCCCUGCGCCGCUCGAUCAGCACGGAUUCCGGACUCCAGCGUCAGGCUGUGCCUAUGGUGCAGCGGCAAGCUCAACCCAAGCCUGGCUACUGCGAAAACUGCAGAGCCAAGUACAGCGAUUUCGACAGACAUGUCGUCUGCUCGAAGCAUCGCCGCUACGCGCUGAACCUUCUCAACUGGGUUGAUCUCGACGUGCUCAUCGCUCAGCUGAAGAGGCCUCAUCAUCCAUCCUAUCUUCACUACAAGAUAGCUGACAGAAUGAGGUCGUACGCCGAAGUCGCCGAACUCGACAAGCCCCAGUACUUUGAAAACAGCGAAAAGGAGCUCAUCCGCGCGUUCAUUGCACGCGAAGGGCGCUUCAUUGUCCCAGGGUUCCGACUUCAACCACACCUCUGCAUUAAGAUCAACGGCAUGACACCGGCUAACUACUGGAAUAUGGUUCGCGCACAAGGACUCUACAUCUACUGGCUAUAUCGCCUCCGUGCGCUGCUCGAUCAAGAUCUCAUGUCUCCUGACCGUCUCGCGAUAAAGGCGAUGCUUAUGUCAGACAUACGCAAGGUGCAGUACUGCUUUUGGAUUAGCGAGCAAGAUGACCCGACGCAAUUCGGCGGCAAGUGGUGGGAAACGAAGCCCUGGCCCAUCAACUACCAGGCGCAAGACUACAAUAUUGAAGUCCCUGCUGACUUUGUACGCAAGAUGACGCGCUCAAGCGAUGAAUGGUCAUACCUUUCGAGCGACGAGGAUGGCGAUUUCUAG